AGGAUUAUUUACUGCCUGUCAAGAGUUUUUGUUGUUGUUCUUGUUGUUUUUAAUAUUUAUUUAUUUGGCUGCACCAGGUCUUCGUUGCGGCAUGUGGGACCUUUAGUUGCAGCAUACGGGAUCUUUAGUUGCGGCAUGCAGGAGCUUUUUAGUUGCGGCAUGCAUGUGGGAUCUAGUUCCCUGACCAGGGAUCGCAUUGGAAGUGUGGAGUCUUAGCCACUGGACCACCAGGGAAGUCCCCUGUCAAGAGUUUUAAGCAGCUCCCUUCAUGGAUAAAUGCCGAAGGCAGGGAUCACACCUAAACAGAUAGAUGCACAAUGAAAUUUGGUGCAUGAAACUGGGUAUCAGGACGUCUGCAAAACCCCUCUUUGAAUGCCAGUCUUCCAUUUCUAAUGUGGGUAGAAUAAUCUCUAUCCCAUUCUUUGCUUCAAGUGAGAAUGUGUGUACAUGAGAUGUUCUUAAGAAAGGUCAUGAUGGCCAUUUUUUCAGUUCCUAAAACACGCCCCGCUUUCAUUUCUGCCCCAGGACCUUUGCACAUGCUGUUUCCACUGCCAGGAACAGUGUUCCCCCACUCCCUCUUUAUCCAGCAAAGGCCUACACAUCUUUCAGGUCUCAGCUUAAACAGCACCUCCUCAGGGAGGUUUUCCCUGAUCCACCCCCGUGGGCCCCUGUUAUAUACCCUCACCGUACCUCUCUUUUUAUACUGCUAACCCCAAUUGUAAGUAUAUAGUCAUUUGUGAAACUAUUUCAUUAGCGACUAUACCCCCUAUUUGAAUAAGCACUUAGGAGAGUAAUGGGCGCGAGGGUUUCAUCAUUCUUAUCUGCUGCCUGACCCUCAGUAUCCAGCCUAGUUGGCACUCAGUGAAUUGUCACUUUAUUGAUGUAUGAAUGAAUCAAUGGAUGGAAGCAAAGUCAGAGAUAAAUAUACAUGGUGUCAAUGCUUCAGGGCCCGUGAAAGUGGGAUGAACAGAAGCUCACCGAAGACGCCACUUUAUCCACAGUCCCUUGGGGUAAUGGCCACACCUUCCAAGUACUUACCAUGUGCCGGGCACUGUUCUAAGUGCCUUUUGUAUAUUUCCUUAUUUAAUCCUCAUGAUAGCACUGUGAGUUAAGUACUUAUCUUGUUUCCCUUUUAUAGAUGAGGAACUGGAGGUUCUGAGAAAAUAAGUAACUUGUUCAAGGUCAUCCUGUGGUACAUGGCAGUGCUGGGAGAGAGCUUAUGGUCUCAGCGGCUACACUACAGUGGCAGUGAAGAUAGUGGGAGGGAUGAGAAACUCAGGCAGUUUUCUAGAGGCAAGACUGUAUUUCCCCCCAUCCCCAUCCGGGCUUCCUCCCAGGUUUCAGACUUCGGCCUGUCCAAGUGGAUGGAACAGUCGGCCCGGAUGCAGUACCUCAAGAGGUCAGCUCUGCAGGGCACCCUCAGCUACAUCCCCCCUGAGAUGUUCCUGGAGAGCAACAAGGGUCCAGGUCCCAAAUACGAUGUGUACAGCUUCGGGAUUGUCAUCUGGGAGAUCCUCACUCAGAAGAAACCGUAUUCAGGCUUCAACAUGAUGACCAUUAUGGUGCGAGUGGCCGCAGGCCUGCGGCCCUCCCUGCAGCCUGUCUCUGAUGAGUGGCCGGCGGAGGCCCAGCAUAUGGUGGACCUGAUGAGGCGCUGUUGGGACCAGGACCCCAAGAAGAGGCCCUGCUUUCCAGACAUCACAGUGGAGACAGACACGCUGCUGUCCCUGCUCCAGAGUCCUGUGGCUGACCCAGAGAGCGAGGCCCUGGCCAGGAAGGUGUCCUGCACAGCGUGUCUGCGCCGGCCCCGGGAGGUCAGUGAGGAGAUCAGCCAGGAGCUAACAGACAGCGCAGACUCAGGAGACUACUUGAAGCGGGUCCUGACUCUCUCAGACGGCGAGAGCCUGGUCCUGCGUGAUGAGCAGCUGCACAUCCGUGAGAACAAGGUCACUGCCCUCCACUUCCUGGUGGCUCAGGGCCGCCUGGAGCGGGUGAGGCUUCUGCUGGCCCAGGAGGUUGACGUGGACUGCCAGACGGCCUGCGGCUACACUCCCCUCCUCGUCGCCACCCAGGACCAGCACCCCGACCUCUGUGCCCUGCUCCUGAAGCACGGUGCCGACGCCAACCUGGUGGACGAGGACGGCUGGGCCCCGCUGCACUUCGCAGCCCAGAAUGGGGACGACCGCACUGCCCGCCUCCUCCUGGACCACGGGGCCCGUGUGGAUGCCCAGGAGCACGGGGGGUGGACCCCGCUCCACCUGGCUGUACAGAACAACUUUGAGAAUGUGGCACGGCUUCUGGUCUCCCGUCAGGCUGACCCCAACCUGCAGGAGGCUGAGGGCAAGACCCCUCUCCACGUGGCCGCCUACUUUGGCCAUGUCAGCCUGGUCAAGCUACUAACAGGCCAGGGGGCCAAGCUGGAUGCUCGGCAGAGAAACCUGAGGACACCGCUGCACCUGGCGGUGGAGCGAGGCAAAGUGAGGGCCAUCCAACACCUGUUAAAGAGUGGGGCGGCCGCUGAUGCUCUUGACCAGAGAGGCUACAGCCCACUGCACAUCGCCACUGCCAGGGGCAAGCACCUUGUUGGCAAGAUGCUGCUCAGGUACGGCGCCAGCCUCGAGCUGCCGACCCACCAGGGCUGGACGCCCCUGCAUCUAGCAGCCUACAAGGGCCACCUGGAGAUCAUCCACCUGCUGGCUGAGAGCCACGCAGACGUGGGGGCUCCCGGAGGCAUGAACUGGACCCCCCUGCACCUGGCCGCCCGUCAUGGGGCAGAGGUGGUGGUGUCGGCACUGCUGCAGUGUGGGGCUGACCCCAAUGCUCCCGAGCAGUCAGGCUGGACGCCCCUCCACCUGGCGGUCCAGAGGGGGGCCUUCCUGAGCGUCAUCAACCUCCUGGAGCACCAUGCAGACGUCCACGCCCGCAACAAGGUGGGCUGGACGCCUGCCCACCUGGCCGCCCUCAAGGGCAACAUGGCCAUCCUCAGAGUGCUAGUCAAGGCCGGUGCCCAGCUAGACACCCAGGACGGGGUAGGCUGCACACCCCUGCAGCUGGCCCUCUGGAGCUAAAAGCAGGGCACUGUCGCCUUCCUCGAGGGCAAGGAGCCCUCACUGGCCAUUCUGGCCGGGGCUGAGCCUGGAGCCCAGACGGAAGUUUAGACAACCUGCAGUCUCCUUACCUGUAAGGAAGAGAGGUUGGUGCAAGUGACGCUGGGCUUCUGGCAGGGCCCCUUCCCUGUCCUUGCCAGCUGCCCCUUACACCUUGACAGGAGACGGGAACCUGGUCCCCUGGGUGGUGGAGGGAUGGGGAGAGGAACACUGAGGUUGUAGCUGGGGAAGGGGCCCCCGGCUCAGAGAUCUCCUUUCAGCCCUUCCUCCACGUGUGUCUCUAGCCAACUCUCAGCCUCUUCCUCCUGUACCUGGACUCAAGCCCCCGAAGUGAGUUCCCUCUUUAUUCCCAAGGUUCCUGCCACCUUUAAUCACUUGCCCCUGAGUCCACAGGGGCCCUUGCAUCCUAGAACUCUCUCUGAAGAAGGAGGGAGGCACAGAGGAGAGGGAAGUGUUCCCUCCCAGCUCACGUCUGUGUGACUUGGCCCCUUUCUCCGGGCGCGGUCAGGACAACCAGACACCCGUGCUCUGUGCAAGGGCAGGAGCUGAAAGUUCGGAGGGAUUUUCCACUUCCAGUUGACAGCCCCAGCCAGGAGCCUGUUGCUGCACCGACCACCUUCCUGGCGGCUCUGGUCCCAGGGCCCAGGUCUGCCGUACAAUCUCCUGCGGGGAAGGAAGGGUCUGCUUCAACCGCCCACGAGUGAUCCUACAUGGGACGCUUGGUCCCUGGUCCCCCUGCCUCACCCUUCACCCUUUGCUGCGUCCAGUUAUGUGGCCAGUUUCAAAUCUAUCAUAAAGCUGUGGACCUGA